UCAUGGCUGGAGAUUUUUGCAAUGCAAGUGGCUUCUAAAAUGCACCGCGUGGGCCGGAAGUGGAACCGAUUGCUGUUCCUUCUGGGGCGCGCGGAACCGCAGGCAAGACUGGCCAGCACGAGCGCGGCGGAAAUACGGCAAGCAUUCCUCAGCUACUUUCAAGACAAUGACCACAAAUUCGUGCGCUCAAGUCCGGUGAUUCCUCGUAAAGACAAAACUUUAGCGUUUGUGAACGCAGGCAUGAAUCAGUUCAAGCCGGUUUUCACCGGCGAGGAUGCGGCGCCGUGCCGCCGAGCGGUCAACUCUCAGAAGUGCGUGCGCGUCGGUGGGAAGCACAACGACCUGUCCGACGUCGGCGUGGACGGCACGCACCACACCUUCUUCGAAAUGCUGGGCAACUGGAGCUUCGGAGACUACUUCAAGCGAGAGGCCUGUCGCCUGGCGUGGAGACUCCUGACGGAGCGUUACGGCAUCGGGGAGCACCGCCUGUACGUAACCUAUUACGCCGGCGACCCGGGACAGAACCUGCCGGCUGACACCGAGACCAGAGACAUCUGGCGGGAUAUCGGAGUGCCGGCAGAGCGUGUGCUGCCGUUCCGCGCGGAGAACCUGUGGGAGAUGGGCCCGGUCGGGCCGUUCGGCCCCUGCACGGAGAUCCACUACGACCACCUGGGCCGCGCCGAGGCCGUGCCACACCGGGUCAACGCCGGCGGCGGCGACGUGGUUGAGCUGUGGAACCUGGUCUUCAUGCAGUACCUGAGACACGCGGACGGCCCGGUGACGCCGCUGCCGGAGCGGCACGUCGACACCGGGAUGGGCCUGGAGCGGCUGACGGCUGUCCUGCAGGGAACGGCGGACAACUACAGCACCGAUCUCUUCACGCCGCUCUUCAGCACCAUCUACCGGGGGAGCCCUGCGCCGCAGUACGGCGGCCGCUACGGCCGUGAUGACGUCACCGGACUGGACACGGCCUACCGCACGCUGGCGGACCACGCGCGUAUGGUGACGGCGACAGUGGCCGACGGCGCGGUGCCCUCCGACAAUCAGAAGCUGCGGCGCGUGCUGCGGCGCGCCCUCCACCUGGCCGAGCACACCUUCUACGCGCCGUCGCUGCUGCCCCGGCUGGUGAACCAGGUGGCUGAGAUGCUGGCGCCGGCCUUCCCCGAGAUGCACCACCAGCUUCGCAACGUGCAGGUGGUGCUGAGCUCGGAGCGCGAGGCCUGGCGGGCGUCGUCGGCGGUGGCGGCGGCCGCCGCCGGCCGGCUGGACGGCGAGCUGGCGCUGCGGCUGCACGAGCGGCAUGGCCUCUCGCAGGACGUGCUGGAGGAGGUGGCGCUAGUGCGCGGCCUACAGUUCGACGCUGAGGACUUUGAGCAGCGUCUGGCGGACAUCCAGAGCGACAGCCGACAGCAGGCACCGCCCAACCCCCACCUACCGGCCGCGCUGCUUCUGCACCAGCUCGGCCUGCCACCUACCGACGAUAGCGCCAAGUACGAGUAUACGCGCCUGCCGUCGGGUGAAUACGAGUUCCCGCCACUGGAGGCGCGCGUGCUGGCCGUGCUGGCCAACGGCCAGCCGCUGCCGGAGGCGACCGCUGGCGCCGCCUGCACCGUCGUGCUCGACCGCACCUGCUUCUACCCGGAGGGUGGCGGCCAGGCAGGCGACCGGGGCGAGCUGGCCGGGCCCGACGGCCGGCUGCUUGUGGAGGACACGCAGCGCUGCCGCGGCUUCAGCCUGCACCGCGGCACGCUGGCGGCCGGCCGACUGCGGCCCGGCGACGCCGUCACCUGCUGCCUGGACGCUGGCUGGCGGCUGGCCUGCAUGCGCCACCACACGGCCACGCACCUGCUGAACGCCGCGCUGCGCCGCGUGCUCGCCGCCACCGCGCAGACCUCGAGCGCCGUGGACGGCGAUCACCUGCGCCUGGAGGUGGCCUCCUACCAGGGCGCCAUCACGGCCGAGCAGGUGCGCGAGUGUGAACGGCUGGUGCACCAGUGGUCGGAGGCGGCGCUGCCCGUGGUCACCGGCUCGGCGCCGCUGGAGGCCGUGCUGCGGGACCCGGCGGCCACUCUGCUGGCCGGCGAGGUGUACCCGGACCCGGUGCGGCUGGUCCGCGUGCCGGACGUCUCGGCCGAG